CCUCAACUAUGGCGCCUGACAUAUUGUUAUGUUAGUUCAAAGUCGCUGAAGAUUUUGGGAUAUUUUCACAUUUCUAACAAGUUUAUGUGACUUUUUUUUUCUAUAUAUAUAUUUUUUCCAUUUUGAAUCAUGACUUCACUUCAUUUUGUCGUCCAUCCAUUACCAGGAACAGAUGAUCAACUCAAUGACAGAUUAAAAGAAGUUGCUGAAAAGAUUAGUCGAUAUGGCUUCACAAGUCCUCCUGCUCUGUCAUCUUUACGAAACUUAGUUAUAACACAGUGUGUUUUGGGACCCAAUUAUGUAGCUCUUUUACUGGAGGACAGUCGAGUUUGUCGAGUGCAUUUCAAUGUUCUUAAUGAGAGAUUGGAUUUAAAUAAGAAUGAUAACAAAACGAAACCUGACAAAAGUGAAAAGACAGAACGCACAGCAGCAAGGAGCAAUACAUUUGUGGUUGAGAGCCCUCUUGUGUUGGUAUCUGAUGCUUUUGGAUCUUCAGCGCCACAGCCAUCUGGGCGAUGGGGCUCUGGCUCCUCAAAUUCUGCCUCCCGUAGUAAUAAUAACCAGCAGGGUUAUAACAGAAUGGCCAGAGCAGUUGUGAACAGAGGUCGACGUUCAGGGGUUAUUGUUGGAGCUCGACCCUUAGUACCAGCUUCUGUUGUUCCUGAAGAACUCAUAAAUCAGUGUCAAGUUGUAUUGCAAGGAAAAUCACGCAACCUGAUAAUUCGUGAACUACAGAGAACCAAUUUGGAUGUUAAUCUAGCUGUGAAUAAUUUGUUAAGCCGAGAUGACGAGGGAGAAGAGAAUGAAGAGGAUAGUCAGGAUUCUUACAUGCCAGUGCGUUCAUCUGUUUCAGAUGAUCUGAUCUCACUACUAGACGCAGGUGCAGAUCAUCCAAGCGUGGUCAUUGAUGCUGAUGUCAUGUUCAAUGAAGACAUGUUUGGCUACUCAUCCUUGCGCAGCAGAGGGUCAGGUGCUCGAUCCAGGCUUGCUGGUGAAAGGGAACGUGAUAUCGAUAGAGACCGAGAUCGGGAGUCAAUAUUUCGUAUCAGAGAUCGACGGCGACUGAUGGAGAGCUCUCUACGAGAAGAAAGCAUGAAAGCUCUUGACAGUAAAAAUGACUCCGUCAUUGGUGAAAACAAAAAAGCUGUUACUAGUCCUCCUCCAAGUCCCUUAAUUUUUGGAGAAGAUUUGCAAUUUUGGACUGAGAAGGAUGGUAGUUUCCCCAAAUUUUCUCACAUAGCUGCAAUGCAUUCUGAACUUGUAGCUGUAAGCACAAAUGGUUGCCUCUAUGGUUGGAAAUGGUCAGAUCCGGAGCCUUACCGUAGUUCAGAGAACACUUCAAAUCAUCAUCCGAAAGCUGCUGCUUUAGGGCUGACAGGUGAAAAAAUAGUUGGUCUUUCAGCGUGUUCCGUGAGAGCUUCAGUAUUCUUGGAAUCUGGUAAAGUGGCUACAUGGGUUGAUGACAGCCUUAACAUUGUCGCUGCCAAACUAGAACAUCCAGCUCAGACAUUCCCUGAAUUUCAGACAGACAAAAUCGUUUCUCUGCAUACUUGUUCUCUCUACACAUGUGCUCGAUUAGAAAGUGGUGCAUUAUAUUGGUGGGGUGUCAUGCCAUUUGGUCAAAGGAAGAAAUUGCUUGAGAAGAACAAAUCAAAAAAGAAAAAAAAUAAAGACAGCAGCGUUAACAAUGAAGUUGUAGCUGGGUCUUUGGUUUGUUUGCGUAGCAGUCCUAUGUAUCACUCAGGGGCAUUGGGAUUUACCACUGUUGAUGGUGUUCCAAAAGUUGGUCAGCUGAUGGAAUCAGCAUGGUCGUUGAAUGAUACCUGUCGUUUCAAGAUAAUCCGGGUGUCAGUUAGUGAUGUGAAGGUGGAGACAAAAGUCGAAAACAAAAGCUCUGACUGUAAACCAGAUAUGCCUCCCCCUCCAUCACCAGCUUCAUCUACAUGUAGCGAUCACAGUGGAACAUCCAUUGUUAGUCCAGUAUCUCUCAAGCGGAAGAAAACUCCUACACCACUCAAGGAGAUGGAGAAAAAGGAUGAAGAAAACUGGCCUUUGAAGACUGUAAUAUUUGUUGAAGAUAUUAAAACAGUUCCUAUCGGAAAAGUGCUCAAAGUUGAUGGUGCCUAUGCUGCUAUAAAAUUCCAGCCCAAAGAAACUGAUCAGAUGGGGUCAGCGUCCAAAGAAGAUCCUUCAGCUGUGCUGCAAGAUUGUCGGCUGUUGCGAAAAGAUGAAUUGCAGGUACUCAGAGGAUCAAGCGCUCCUCGGAUACCAGACUGCUUUCAGAAGAUUCCUAAGAAAGUGACCAUUGUUGAAAAUGGACAGAUUUUAGCUGUUGCUGUGGAUUGUGAAGGCAUUCAUGUGAUUGCUCGAUGUGGAGCCCGUCUCAGUUAUAUGGUUUACAAUCUUAGUUCUGGUAAAGUAGAACAAAACAGCCCUUUUCCAACCGACACCCAGUCUUUCCUUGGCAAUUUCGACCGACCAAUUACUCUGCAUAACAGUGGUGAGGAAUCUCCAGUUUUGUUACGUGAUGGUUGUGGAGCUAUUUAUCCUCUGGCCAAAGAUUGCACUGACGGCAUACGUGAUCCAUUGUGGCUUGACCUCCCACCUGUGCGUUGCCUCAGUGUCCGAGCCCAGUGUCUUUCCAAUGUAGCCAGUAAUAUGAAGAACAAAGCUGUGAUCAUUGUCUUAGCUGUAGAGCAUCAAAUGCUAAUUCCCCAUAUUCUUCGAUGUGAUUUGGAGAAGGUUAGAACUAUUAUGAGUUCCAUGGAGCCAGAACAUAAUGCUUCCACUUCAUGUGGUAGUCAGCAGAGUCAAAGAACAGUUCAAGAAGUGUUGACAGAAAGAUGUGAUGGUAGCCGCAACAUCCUCCAUACUUGUGUUGCAGUUUGUGUCCCAUCGUCAAAUAAAGACUGUGAAUCAGAGUCUUCAAGCACGGGAAAUUACAACCCAUGUUUGGAUACAUUCAAUGCUGUCAGUAGCGCAGUUGAGACGCUGGCUUCUAUUCAGGCUCGGGGGACAGACUCUACAAAUCGUGGUGUCAGUCUCCGGGAGAUGAUGAGAAGAGCAUCAACAACUGCUCGUGCUGUUAGUGGUCUUGAUGUACGGGAAUCGGAUUCUAUUGCAAUUCCUACACUAAGCUGGCCGACAGAUCCGCCAGGAUUUGAUGCUCUCAGAGCAGAUAAUGAACGUUCAAGUUUAUCUCGACAAUCAUCAAGUGGCUUUUCUACUGCUAUUGGCAAUGUUCAAGAACAUAGCACAAUAUCAAUGCCUCCUGUUAAGUUAGAAGAAAAAGAUAGGAAAUACAAUGCACUUCAAAUCCUGAAGCUUCUGUGCGAAAGCCCUGCUUUACAACCUCAUCUGUUGGAGCUUCUCUCUGCCAAAAAUGCUGAAGGCUGUACACCAUUCAUGCAAGCCGUAUGUGGUCGGGCCUAUUCUGCUGCACUUUUACUUAUGGAUAUUGCUAAAAAAGUGGCCUUGAAAGACAAAGAAGUUGACAAAAAUGUGCUUAUGACAAUGUUAUAUCCUACUGGAUCAAGCCUAGACAAUUCUCCUCUCCAUGUGUUAUGUUGUAAUGACACAUGUAGUUUCACAUGGACCGGUGCAGAACAUAUUAAUCAAGAUAUAUUUGAAUGUCGAACCUGUGGUCUCGUUGGCUCCCUAUGUUGUUGCACUGAGUGUGCUCGUGUAUGUCACAAAGGACACGAUUGCAAACUGAAGCGAACUUCGCCAACUGCAUACUGUGAUUGUUGGGAAAAAUGUAAAUGUAAAGCUUUGAUUGCUGGCAACCCAACUGCACGGCUUGAAUUGUUAAACCGACUUCUAUCAGAAACUGAAUUAGUAACUCUACCAAACAGCAGAGGAGAGAACAUUCUGCUGUUUCUUGUCCAAACAGUUGGACGCCAACUGAUUGAACAACGAUCUUGCCGACCCCCAAGAGCUAGAAUGGGAGGUCCUAGAAAAAAUCCCGUCUCUGAGAUUGCUGAUAUUGAAAUGCCAGAACAUGAUUUAGAGCCACCACGCUUCAGUAGACAAGCUUUGGAAAAAAUUCUUGAAAAUUGGACUGCUGUAAAAGCCAUGCUGCUCUGUGGUAGAAAGGAACACUUAUCCAGCCCCGAUAUCCUGUAUGAAGAACAGGUGUAUUUAGAGAGUCAAGGAGGAACUGCUAGACUUGAUAAAUUCACACACUGUUUAUUACUCAAAUGCACAGGUGUUGAUAUGCUGGACACCUUAUUGACAACAUUGAUCCGAGAAAUUCAGAACAAUAAUGUUGAAGGUAGAAAAACUGAGGCUAAACUUGUUGCAAGACGAUUCCUGCGAUCAGUGGCUCGCAUCUUUGUAGUUUUGAAUGUGGAAAUGGUACCAUUAUCUGGGAAAAGAAGAAGCACUGGUACCAUCCCUUGUCAAGCAAUUUACAAAUGUAAACGUGCAUUUCAAGCUCUUAUUACAAUUGCCAUUGAAGAACUAUGUGAGAUAGCUAACUCAUUGAUUGCACCUGUCCGUAUGGGUGUGGCUCGCCCAACAGCUCCCUUUAAUCAGCUAAGUGCUAGCAUUGAAGCAAUACAGGGAAGUGAGGAAAUCUUCAGUGUGGACCCAUUACCACCAAGGCCUUCAUCUGCUGAUCAUGACUCUCAACCUAUGGCAUACAUCCCUCGUAGUGGUUCCCCACAGCCUAUGGAACAAGGAGAAAGAGCUAGAGAACGGGAUGAGGAUGAAAUGAUAUCAGGAGAUGUAGAAGAGGUUGAAGUAGUUGAAGGCUUAGUAGGUGAUGAAGAUCAGUCGGACCGACAUUCUGAACGAGAAGAGGAGCACCAAUCUGAUCACUCAGACCAAGAGCAACCACAGCAGGAACCCGAUGAAGCUGGUGGUGAAAGUGAUAUGGAUUUAGACCUUCUGGCUGAAUCUGAAAGUGAUAGCGAGAGCAGUCACAGCAAUCAAGACAACACGAGUAUCCAACGUAGUGCUGUGACUGCAGCCACUGCCGGAUCUGAUGCAGGUCUUGGAAGUUUGGCUUAUUUUUCUGAGGACUCAGGUGAAUCAUCUACCCAAGAUGAUGAUGAUGAUGAAAGUGAAGCUGCUGAAAGUGAAGAGCCAGAUGCUGAUGAGUUACCUUAUCCUGAUGAACAAUUAGAACGUCGUAGCAAUGCUGGUUCCCAUGGGCAGAGGACUUUACAAGCCCCUCAAACCAUGCAAUGGGCCAUUCGUCAACGAGAACCUCCAGCGAACCGAACUCAAACAAGUACUGGCAAUACAUCCACAACAGGAACUUUACUUAAUGCAGGUGGUAGUGGGUUGAUAUACAUCGACCCAUCUACAUUCCGCCGUACUUCCACUGUUACGACAAGCACCAGUGCCAGUCAAGAGAGUGUAGUUACCAUGGCUACGACAGCAAGUCAGCUGGCACGAGCAUUUGGCAUUGUAGUACGUCAGAUUGCUGAUUUGAUGGCUAUGUUGCAAGACUACCACACUUUGGCUCCGAAUCUCCGAAGAAUAUUGGAAAUCACUGAGCAAGAUGCUCUUGAACAACAGAAUUAUUUAAAUCGUCAUCUGAAACCAACAUGGGAUUGGCUGAUUACAGUUAUGGAUUCUACAGAAGCCCAGCUUCGGUUUGGUUCUGCUCUUAGCAACAGUACAGACCCUGCUAGUCCAAGUCACCCACUACAUUCAAAUUAUGUCCGAAACUUGAGAGAGAGAUCUAAUCGAGAGGAGCAGAGAGUUUCCCAAGUUUUGGAUAACCGACGAAGAACACGUUUUGGAACAUUAGCUGCAUCUGAUGGUAAUUCUGCACGCCGGGAUUUUCUCAAUUACGCAUUAUCUCUAAUGAGGGCUCACAAUGACGAACAUUCGGACAGCCUACCAAUUAUUGAUAUUUCUGCCCUGAGACACGUAGCCUAUGUUUUUGAUGCUUUGAUUUACUUCCUUCGAAGCGGGACAGACACCGACACCGAAGUCUUGAGAGAUGGUAUCUCAGUCCAUUCCUGGCAAGAUCAUGACCUAAAUGACAACGAGGAACAUGACGACGAUCCGAUGAGUAGUGUUGCCUUAGAUGCUGAAAGUGUUGAUGGUGACAGUGAUGCUGGUGGGCGUACGGGACGGAAGCAUCCAUUCUUUCAACGUUCCGAUUCCACAAUUUUCCUCGGGUGUCCGCCACCCGAUCCGUUCAGUAUUCCUCUCAUCGAAGCUCUCCCCCUUGCUGAUCUUCCUCACUUGCUUCAACCCAAUUCACGCCGAGAAGAUUUAUUCGGAAUUGCCCGCCAAGCCAUCCACCCGACGGACGCGGGCGAGUCAAGCGCAGAUGUUAGUGGUGGAACGUCUGCUGGUUACAGUGCCAACGUCUCAGGGAGUAUAUCGACCAAUUCCUUUGAAAAAAAAAUGCCUGUUCACCUGUCCUUGUCCCUACGUUUACAAGACACACAGAACGCAGCUUCAUCGACCGUGGAAGCUUCAACAUCGACAUCUGAUAGGCAGGAAAUAGUAAGCACCAGCGUCAUUGUAAAGCCAACAGCUCAAACAGGGGCAACAUCAAACCCACCUGUCACAACUGCUACUUUCUCUACAAUAUCAUCCACUUUAAGCACUUCAACACCCUCUUCUGGGCUAGAGACGACUGUUGUUUCUAGCACCAGAGCUGCUGCCACGUUGAUGACUGCUCCUGGACCCACAGCUAUGGAGACAUCAGAGAUCGAUUCUCACUCUCAGCACACUCUGCUCCAGUCCCUGGCCAACAGUGCCACCUCGUUGUGUGUGUCUUCAUCCCAGGCUGCUGUGCAACUGCCACCACCUCCCCCGCCGCCGCCGCCGCCCCCUCAGCAGCAGCAGCAGCCCCCCAACUCCGUUUCUCUGUCUACCCAACAAGCCAGCGUGAUAGUACAUGCCAGCUCUGCGCAGAGCAGCUGCAACACGCCCACCGUGAUGUCGACAGGACCCGUCUUUGCCGUCAGCAGCAGUGUCGUUACUAACAACAGCAGCAGCAGCAGCAGCAACAACAGCCGUGCUAUAGUGGUGAUGCCGUCAGACUCUAAUUCUAACGAAAUGGUAACUGCCCUAGCUGCAGCACCACAAACCACAACUCUUCAACCUGGAAGUACCUCUCCUUUGGCUGUUUCUACAUCGACUCCUGGCAACCAAAACAAUCCUACUUCUUCAGCCGUUAAUGCCCUAGCUCCAGUUUCUGAUGUUUCCACCCAACAACCGAGACCAGGGCUUUCUGUGACCACCCCAUCUGAUUCAUCAGUCGCUAUUGCUGACAGACCACAGAAUGCCAUUGGUCAACAAGUAUCACAUGACAUCUUAUUAGGGAGAUGGCGAUUAUGCUUGGACCUCUUUGGUAGAGUAUUUUGUGACGAUGUUGGUGCGGAACCUGGAUCUGUGAUACAUGAAUUGGGGGGCUUUCCUGUUAAAGAAAGCCGGUUCAGAAGAGAAAUGGAGAAAAUCAGAAAUUCACAACAGAGAGACUUAUCAUUAGAGGUUGAACGUGAUCGCACCUCUUUAAUUACUCAGACAUUUAAACAAUUAAAUACCCAAUUCAAUCGAAGAACCAAUGCCUCUGGGCCACCGCUUGCUGUCCACAAAGUGAAAGUGACCUUCAAAGAUGAGCCUGGAGAAGGAAGUGGUGUUGCUAGAAGUUUCUACACAGCUAUGGCAAACGCUGUAUUAACAUCUGAAAAAUUACCAUCGCUUGAAGGUGUUUUAGUUGGUGGAAGUAAAAGCUUGCAGUAUAAUUUGAUUCAAAGACUUCGGUCCAGAGAGAGAGAACGGGAACGGAUGAGGUCGGCCCUUCAAAGACGCAGCAGAGAAGCCAGGCGAACCCUUUCUUAUGAUGCUCCACCGUUCUAUAUGCCUUCAGAUAGCGCAGCUGUUGGGGCUGGUGGUGGUGGAGGAGGAGGAGGUGGUGGCAGUGGUGGUGGCGGUGGUGGCGGCGGAAGUAACAGCAACAAUAAUAACGAACAGCAGUCUUCUGAGAAUGAUAGUUCCUCCAACUACCGGCGCCAGCUAGGAGAAAGACUCUAUCCAAAAGUUAGAGACUUACAACCAUCAAUGGCAGCAAAAAUAACAGGAAUGUUAUUGGAACUGUCACCAGCGCAGCUCCUCCUUCUGUUAGCCUCUGAAGAAUCUCUAAGACAGCGUGUUGAUGAAGCAAUGGAAAUUAUUCUUUCACACAGCAACAGAGACAUGAAUCCAGAAAACUUAUUAGAUUUAGAUAUUUUCAAUUUGACCGCUGAUAAAAGUAAAAAAUGUACCAAUUCCGAACGUAGUCGUAACGAAGUCGAUGAUGAAGAUGACUUAGAAGAUAACGCUCCUUUAUUUUGGCAACCAGGCAAAAGAGGAUUUUAUUCACCUCAUCCUGGAAAAAAUUCUGCCGAAAGACUAAAUGCGUUCAGAAAUGUUGGCAGAGUUAUUGGUUUAUGUUUGUUGCAAAAUGAAAUGUGUCCACUCUUUCUCAAUCGUCAUGUAAUCAAAUACAUUCUAGGAAGAAAAAUAGGUUGGCACGACCUGGCCUUCUUCGAUCCUGUUAUGUAUGAGAGUUUACGCCAGUUAGUUGUAGAUUCUGAGACUAAAGAUGCAUCGCUCCUCUUUGCUGCACUGGAUAUGAAUUUUUGUAUGGAACUCUGUGCAGAAGAGGGUGGUGAGACUGUUGAGUUGGUUGCUGGAGGUGCUGAUAUAGAAGUCAACGCUCAGAAUGUUCACGAUUAUGUUAGAAGAUAUGCUGAAUAUCGUAUGGUUAAAGUUGCUGAGAAAGCAUUAAAGCAUUUAAAAUUGGGUGUAUUUGAUGUAAUUCCUGCCAACUCAUUGGAUGGCUUAACUGCUGAAGACUUCAGGUUGUUAUUAAAUGGAGUAGGAGAUAUCAAUGUACAAACUCUGAUUAGCUACACCUCCUUUAAUGAUGAAAGUGGUGAAAGUAGUGAAAAAGUGCAACGUUUUAAACGAUGGUUUUGGUCUGUUGUUGAAAAAAUGAAUAACCAUGAGAGACAAGAUUUAGUGUAUUUUUGGACCUCAAGCCCAGCUUUGCCAGCAAGUGAAGAAGGUUUCCAACCAAUGCCCAGUAUUACUAUCCGACCAGCAGAUGAUGACCAUUUACCUACAGCCAACACCUGUAUUUCACGGCUUUACAUCCCAUUGUAUUCUACAAAAGCCAUUCUUCGCAGCAAAGUGUUAUUGGCCAUUAAAACAAAAGCUUUCGGUUUUGUUUGAGCUGAUGGCAUUUUUUCAUUGAACAAUUUUCUGUUGUUUUAUUUUUUUUUUUUUAAAUUCCAAACUUGGCAACUGAUUACCAGAACCAGCUGGCUGUGACUAACCAUGGAACUUAAAACCAAAAAAAAGGACAAAUGUAUUGGUGAUCAUCGUGUUUAAUUACUGGCUACAUUGGAUGCCUUGGACUUCAAUAAAAGCUUUGUUUUAGCUAAAAAAAAAAAAAGGUGGGGUACACAAACACAAACCUAUCAGCCUUUCUAAAUAUAUAUUAAAAAAAAAAACCAAAACAAUUAAAAAAAAAAUGGUACAUUACAUUAGUGGAAGCCAUUUGUAAAUGUCCCAUCUCCCAUUUUCUAAGAUGGAUUUCAUCUGAUAUUGAUGACCAAAAUAAAUAAAAAAUAAGAAACUAUUUGCUGUCUCAACUGUCAUCUCGGUGGAUUUAGGGAAUAAAAAAGUGAAGAAAAACUUUUGAAGGAAGUUAAAAAAAAAAUAAAAAGUUCAGCCUUUUUGUUUCUUUUUCAGUUAGAAGAAAAAAAAAUGAAUUCCUUCAUAUUGACAGCCUUGAUUUCCUCUAGAAUCUAUUCUUAAAUAUUUCAUUCUAUCAAGAAUGAUGUAUUUAUGUUUUCGGGGUCCAAAGAAGAAAAAAAAAAUUUAUUUUAGUAUUUUAAUAAUCAUCACUUGCAAAUAACUUGCUUGAGGUGUUGCCUGUUUGGCCUUUAGCUUAUUAAUGGAUUGGUUGUGCUUUGUUAAUUUUCCCCAGUGUUAAAUUGUAAUUUGUAUAUAAAAAAAUCUCCUUCCUACAAGAGAAAACGGAUGGCUUUACCAAAAUUCCAACAAGUGUGAAUUGGAAGUGAAUAUCUUCCUUUAAAACAUACUUUCUUGGUAUCUGAUAACUUCUCCCAAUUUUUCUAUAUUCUAAUUAUUACUGCUUUAUUUUAAUGUGUGUGUAAUAUAUACACACACAUAUGUUAUGUGUAAGGACAUGUAUGAUAAUUAAUGGGACAAAAAAAAAAAACCAGACAUGGGUUUGCCUAUUUCAUCAAAUUUUUUAUCAUUCAGUUAUGAUUUUGGUGCUGGAAAAUGUUGGUAUCAUUUGCCAGGGUCUCCAAACAACAAAACCCAGUCUUAGGACAGGGACUAAAGAUGGUGGGGAGUUGGUUUGAGACAAACAAAGAGGCUAGCAUAAAGGGGGAAUUAAAUUUUUGAAGAAAUACAAGCUGAACAUAGAGAAAUAUUUGUAUGUGGUCUGUGGAGGAGUGGAUGGCAUGAAAGGAAGAAGAUAUAAGAUAGAGCAAGUGAAACAAAUACAUGACAAUAAAAAUAGAAGUAUGUAAGGGUAAGAACCAACUCCUUAAAUGACUGACAAUGUAAAGGAGAAAAAUUGGACCUGGAUACAAACCCCAGUUUCUUAGCUAAAUUUUUAACUUGGGUUAUUCAAUGGUUUUUGACACGGCAAAAAUUUGGUAUUGCCCAUCUGGAAAGUGCCAGGGUGUAUAUAUGGAUAUACACACAGACAUUUGAAA